AUGAACUUCAGUUCAAUUAAUAAAAAUAAACAAAGACAAAUUAGGAAAAAAGUGAUUGAAACUGAAGAAAAUAAUGAAGAUGAUGAAAAAAAGAAAUUAGAAAAUGAAAAUGAAAAUGGAAAUGAGAAUGAACAAACUAUAAAAUCAAUAGUAGUAGAACAAGCAAAAAAGAAAAAAGGUGCAAAUACAUUUUCAACAAAGAAUAAAAUUGCAAAGAAAGCAACAUUAAAUUUAUUUAGUUUUGGUGAAGAUGAAGAAAAUGGUGAACAAGAACAAGAUAGUGAACAACAACAACAACAACAAUUCAAUAGUAGUAUAAAAUUUAAUCCAAUCUCUGUUAGAAAAAAUGAUUCAAUAUUUGAAGAUUCAAAAACUACCACUAUCAAUAAUGAAUCAUUAGGUCAAUAUACAACAGAAAUGAUCAAUUCAUUAAAAAAAAAUACAUCUUCAAAACCUACAAAAUCAUCUUCAAAUGAUAAUAAUCAUAAUGAUAAUAAUCAUAAUGAUAAUAAUGAUAUUGAUUAUAAAAUGGAUAUAGAUCAUCAACAAUUCAAAGAUGAUCAUGAUGAUAAAGAGAAUACUACCUCAUCAUCAUCAUCAUCAUUUACAAUACCAACUGUUGAACAAAUUAAAUUAGCAAAGGAGAAAAGACAAAGAGUCAGAGAUGGUAAAUGGCAAGACACAACUGAAAAAUCAUCAUCAUCAUCAACAUCAACAUCAAAAUCAUUAUCAAAAGAUUUCUUACCAUUAAAAGUGAGUGCUAAUAAUGGUAAUGAUAAAGAUGACAAUGAUAAUGGAUCACGUUUAAUUAGAGAAGAGGAUGAUGACGAUGAAAUGGAAGAGUAUAAUAUUAAACCUAGCAACACAAUUAAAUUUGGCGAUCCUGGUAAAUCAAAUAAAAGAGAUGAGGUUGGACAAGCUGUAAAUAUUGAAAAUAGUAAAAAUAAAAAUGAUGACCAAGAUGAAGAUGAAGAUGAAGAUGAAGAAAUUAUAAGAUGGAGAUUAGAACAAAUUAAAAAAGGUGGUGGAUUAAAAGAUUCACAAUUACAAUCAAUUGAAUUUCAAAAAAGAAAAAUGGAAAAGGAAUUAUUAUUAUUGGGUCCAUCAUCUGAAAAUAGUUUAUCACCAUAUUAUAAAUCAUCAUCAUAUUUAAUUAAUAGUCCAAAAUUAUCAAAUAAUAGUAAUAAUAAUAAUAAUAAUAAUAAUAAUAAUCAACAACAACACUCAUUUAUUGAAUCGAUUUGUAAAGAUUUAAAUUCAAUUUUAAUUCAAUUAAAUGAAGUUAAACAUAAUCAUGAAUCAGAAUUUGAAAAAGUACAAGAGGCAUUAAGAGAUAGUGUUAUUCAAUUAUCAAUUAUGGAAUCAGAGAAACAUGUUUCACAUGAUCAAUACAUCUAUUAUGAUGAAAUAAAGAGUUAUUGUAAUAAUAUGAUUGAUUGUCUUUCUGAGAAAAUACCACAAAUUGAGCAAUUGGAUGAUAAAUAUAUAGAACUAUUAAAAGAUUAUGCAUAUGAUAUUAGAAAACAGUUUAAACAAACUUUACAUGAUCAAAUUAAUGAUAUUCAAGAUAAUGAAUUAUCAAAUAAUAAUAAAAUUUCAUUUAAUAAUAAAGAAGGAGAGGAUAAAGAAGAUUUAGAUGAAUUUGGUAGAGAUAGAAGUCAUUAUGAAAAAUCAUCAAGAAAGAAAAGAUUAGAACAAUAUAAACAAUUAAUUGUUUCUUUAAAUAAUACAGAUGGAAAUGAUGAUUUUAAAUUACAUCAAAUUAGUGAUGAAAAUUUUUAUAAGAAUGAAAAAGAAAAGAUAUUAAAUUCAAUUAAAAGCAUUAUGGAUGAUGUUGACCCUGAUUUUUGUGAUAUCAAUUAUAUAGCUGACAAAUUCAAACAUUGGAAAUCAAAAGAUUUAAAGUCUUAUCAAAAAGCUCAAAUGCCAUUUAUUAUGCCAUCAAUUUUAGCCCCAUUUAUAAGAUUACAAAUGAUUGAUUGGUCACCUUUGGAUGAUAUAUAUUUCGAUACAAUGAGUUGGUAUAAUCAAUUAUUUUCAUAUGGUGGUGGUGGUGGUGAUGAUGAUGAUAUUUUAAUUCCAAAAUUAGUUGAAAAAAUCAUUAUACCAAAAGUUGAAACUUUUAUAACCUAUAUUUGGAAUCCACUUUCAAAAUCACAAACUACAAAUUUAAAGAAUACAAUUGAUGAAAUUUUAAUAUAUAUUAAUGAUGAAAAUCAUCAAAACAACAACAACAACAACAACAACAACAACAACAACAAUAAUAAUAAUAAUAAUAAUAAUAAUAAUAAUAAUGUAAAUCAAGAAGUUAAAUUUUUAUUCUCACAAAUUUUAUCAACACUAAAUUAUAGUAUAAGUAAUGGUAAUUUAUUAAUACCAUAUUCAAAUAGGGAUUUAACUUUUUCAAUUAAAAUGUAUAUGUAUUCUUUGACAAUGUUGGAUAGUAUUAAAAUUUGGUCUUCAAAUUAUCAAUAUAUUCAAUUGGAUUCAUUAAUGAAUUUAUCGGAUGAUAUUAUCGAUUUUCAAAUUUUACCAUUUUUACAUAAAAUUUAUUCAUUACAACAUCAUCAUAAUUAUCAACAACACCAACAACAACAACAACAACAACAACAACAACAACAGCAAUCAUUCAAUAUUGAUAAUUUAUUUUAUUUAUUUGAAUUAUUUUAUCAAUAUUUAUUAACUUUACCAUGGUCAAAUAAAAAGUAUAAAUCAUCUGUCAUUUCUUUAUUAUUAAAACUUAAAAACGAUCAUGAAAAUGAAAAUGGUGGUUUAUUAAACGUUGAAAACUUUUCAAAAUUAAAUAAUCUUUAUAUACCUUAUUUUACUUAA